CUUAUCAUUUUGCUUUCUAUUCCAUUUCUUUUUUUUCUCAAUUCCAAACUAUAUUUUCCACUUCAUUUUGCAACCGAGGCAGCUUGUUCUUGUUUGGAGUUCGAUGGCAAUAGAUAAAUACUUUAUUCUCGAAGAACGCUUCAAUCAAUCACGGACAGAUAAGAUAUGGUUCUUCAUGUCAUGUCCUGCAAGAGAUUGGAGACUGAUGCCAGCUCAACGCACAACAUUACAAUAGCAGUGUUAAUUUCAAGCGGACCUUUUGUGUGAUUCCCAAAGUGUUCCUCCUGUUCUCCAGUUUCGACGCCUCUGUCCUUAUUAUUAAAGGAACACCAUUCUCCGUCUCUCCCUCUCUCUCCCCCUCCAUCUCGCUCACUUGCGUUACAACUCAAGAUUUUUCCCCCUGGCGGCAGGCUCUGACGGAGGUCACAGUGGGGUGAGGAGCGGAAGGAGAGGAGUUUGGGCCUCCAAUGGGCAAGAUUUGAGUUCUGGAAGGAGAGGCGGGCGAGCCGUGUUGUAUUUCCUUUUCCCAUCGGUUUAUUAGGUGGAGGCGUGCUUGAUGCGGUUCAUUUCGAUGGAUCCUUUUCCUAGUAGGGCCUCGGUUCGUGCCGUGACGCAGUAACCCUCCGGCGCAUAAAGGCGGCGCAUUUGCUAUUCUCCUGCUUGUUUUUCUGUGAGUUCUUUCUGCCGACGAGGUUUCGGCAUCUGGUUUCAGUUCCCGACGUCAUUCUGCCCUAAGAAUCUUAGAUCUCCAUCCGCGGACCUUGCAAAACUCUUCCUUUUUGCACUUUGGAAUUCUUUUGGCUAGUUCUCUUCGUCUCGAAUUGCAUUUUGGGUGAUUCUCUUCCUUAUUUCUCAGGACGAGAGAGAUGGCCACUGGUCAGGGAAGAGAGGCCGCCUUUUUGUUCGCCGACGAGGAACUAAGCGAGAUGAGCGGGUUGAAGAAAGGCACCGACUUCGUCGAAGUUUUGUGCGGGUGCACGAGCCACCGGUACGGGGACGCGGUUGGGCGGCUUAGGGUUUUCGCCUCCGGCGAUCUCGAGAUCAGCUGCGAGUGCACUCCGGGAUGCCAAGAAGAUAAAUUGACACCAGCUGCUUUUGAGAAGCAUUCUGGUAGAGAGACUGCAAAGAAAUGGAAAAGCAAUGUGUGGAUCAUAGUCAAAGGAGACAAGGUUCCACUUUCAAGAACAGUGUUGCUUAAAUACUACAACCAGGCAUCAAAAAGUGCUAAUGGUUCACAUAAAGGUUCCAAUGGACGGCUGUCUCACCGUGAUGAAUUCAUUUGUUGUAAAAGAUGUGAGAAGGAACGUAGGUUUCGUUUGCGUAAUAAAGAAGAAUGCCGCAGCUAUCACGAUGCCAUGAGAAAUACAAAUUGGGAAUGCUCUAACUUUGCAUUUGACAGGAUCACCUGUGAAGACGAAGAGGAGCGAGCGAGUCGCAAAGUCCUAAGGGGAUGUUCGCGCUCUCCCUCAUGCAAGGGGUGUACUACAUGCGUGUGUUUCGGGUGUGACAUUUGUCGUUUCUCUGAUUGCAGUUGCCAGACCUGUCUUGAUUUCACUAGCAAUUCCACAAGCUAAAGUUGGCUCCACAAACUCUUAUUUAUUAACCGUUUCACCAUCAAUAGGUUAAUUGUCUCCAUUGUUCUUCCAGACUGGAUUUGGCAGAGGCAGAUCUCCUUUUUUUCCUCCCUUUAAUGAUCAACCAGAUUUCAUGACUGCUAAGAGAUUUGCCAAACGUGAAUUUUCUUUUAUAUUUAUAUAUAUAAUAUUUACUUUUUUUCAUGCUAUGGACGAUGUAUGGAACAUUGGCAAAGGGAUCUGUAUUAUUUGGUACAUUUUUUACAAGGUCUCUUCGUUCUUGAUUAUUCA